CACCGUACCGGCCAUCGCUUUCCUUGCCGCCUGUACGGCGGUUACGACUCAUACGACUGGCCCGCAUUUCUUAGAUUAACCCGGUGCGCUGCCCGCUGCUCCUGAACUGGUAAUUUUGGCGCCUCGGGGGCCGCCACAAGCACCGAGGCACUAUGACAGCCAUUUUCAACUCCGCGGCGGCCCCGAAGAGCUACGAGUUCAAGGUCGUGCUGUUAGGCGACCGCGGCGUCGGCAAGACCUGUCUGGUACUACGAUUCAUCGAGGGCCUGUACAACGCGCGGCAGCAGUCGACGAUCGGGGCGUUUUUCCUCACCAAAAAAAUAAAAACCGCAAGAGGCGACGACUGCAAGAUCCAGAUCUGGGACACGGCGGGCCAGGAGCGGUUUCGGGCCAUGGCGCCCAUGUACUACCGCAACGCGGCGGCGGCCGUGGUCUGCUUCGACGGGACGGACCAACGGACGUUCCAGACGAUGCGGACCUGGGUCGAGGAGCUGCGCGCGAACGUCGACGAUAAGAAGCUUGUCAUUGCGAUCGCGAUCACGAAGAGUGAUUUGGACGAGAAUCGGGCCGAGACGCGACGAAAAGCCGAGGAGUUCGCUUCCAGCAUAAACGACGCGUUGGUGCUGGAGACGUCGGCGAAGAACGAUGUUGGGGUCAGAGAGCUCUUCGCGACCGUCGCGGAGCGCGUGAUCGAGUUGCGGGGCGAGGAGCUCCUCGCGGCGUCCGACCGACAAAGGGGCCUGUCCCUGAAAACCGAGCGGGCGCCGGCGCGGGAGCCCGAGCCGUCCAAUAGUUGCUGUUAAAAAUUAUACACAAGUUA